UGGACCCCAGAGGAUAAGACUGAAGAGGGAGCGUAAGAGAGAAAUAGGUGGGGAACUUGGGGUUCCUCUGAUGGCGUCGAUGCUAAUGGGUCAAGUUCCUACCUCUAAUGCCUUAUCUCGGCGACCCAUUUCCCAUCAGAAAGACUCAAUGGAGCCUCGUAUUAGUAGAAGGGAGGUGGUGCUGAGGAGCAGCGAGAUGGCAACUUUGGCAGCCAUCUUCCAUUUCAGUGGAACCAAACCUAACUAUCUUGGUGUUCAAAAGAAUCCAUUUUCUCUGGCAUUGUGUCCUGCAACAAAUAACUGCAUAUCUACUUCAGAGGAGAAGAAUGAUCUUAAGCACUAUGCCCCUCCAUGGAAUUACAACCCUCAAGAUGGACGCAGGAAGAAGCCCAUAAGCAGAGAUGAAGCAAUGGCGGAGCUUCUUCAAGUGGUUCAAUCAAUCAAGCCUGAUAACUUCACUCCCCAUGUAGUGGAGAAAGGAGAAGACUACAUUCGGGUCGAAUAUGAGAGCCCUAUAAUGGGGUUUGUAGAUGAUGUUGAGUUCUGGUUCCCACCAGGCAAUAAAUCUGUCGUGGAAUAUCGAUCUGCAUCUCGCUUGGGGAACUUUGAUUUUGAUAUCAAUAAAAAGAGAAUAAAGGCGUUGCGAUUGGAACUCGAGAAAAAAGGAUGGGCAUCAGAGAGCGACUUCUGAGAAAUACAUGUUAACCGGGCAACAUCAAGCUCCUAAGUUUUCAUAACAUGAAUUCAUCAUCAUCUUCCACAUUUGAGCAGAGACUUGGCCCGUAUACAACCUGUCUAAUUUUUGUGGCAUUGCCUUCACUGUUUAUGUUUCGCGGGUGUUACAUGUAAGAGUGGUCUGUUUUGAUCUUUUGCCGCAGAAAUGCCAGUCUUGAGAUUAGUGUGUCGCAGGGACCAGAUUAUUGCCCAAUUUCCCAUAACAUUGUUUUCCUCCUCUCCAUUUUGCAGCAAAAAGAUUAUUCAGCAUCUAAACCCUCAACUCUCAUCACAAUACUCUUUAAUAAUAUGUCUAAUAUUUGUGACA